AUGGCCACGCCGGCGGCGGGGAGGAGGCCCAGGGCGCGGCGGCCGUUCGCGGCGGUCGCGUCGCUGUCGGCGGCCAGGAGGCGGGUGCUGCCGAGGACGGAGGGCUCGGAGAACGUCGAGCCCCUCGACGGGAUGUCGUUCAAGGAGUGCCUCCGCCGGUUCAACAAGUUCUCCGGCGAGGCGGCGGCGGCGGCGGCGGCGGUGAAGCCCGCCUUCGUCGUCGGCACCAAGGCGGUGAUCAAGAACAGGCGGUCCUGCUCGACGCCUGGUUCCAAGAGGCCGUCGUCAUCGAGGACGCCGAGAAGGAAGAAGCUGGAACCGUCGUCUUCUAGGAAUAGCUCGACUCCCGCGCCGCCGGCGGCGGCGGCGCCGUACGAGGCGCCGCGCGCGCCGCUGUGGGACUUCUCCGACGAGCUCUGCCAGAAGAAGGUCAGGGCGAGGCUCUCGUCUCCCUGCGACGUCGCGGCGGAGGAGGAGCAGGGGCAAGGACGGCGGCGCGGGGAGGCGGCCUCGCGGAGGAGCGCGGCGUGGAGCGCGACCCUCGAGGAGGCCAUGGCCGGCAUCCCGGAGCACGGCGAGGGCCGCGUCAGGUACCUGGUGGACACGUUCGAGAGGCUCCUGUCCCUGUCCCGCGGCGACCGCGAGGCGCAGAGCGGAGGCGGCGCGGGGACGAGGAGGAGGAAGAAGGAGUCGGCCUCGGUGCCGUCGUCGCCGCGGAAGGCCGAGGAGAUCGACAUGGCGUCGUACCCCUCCGUCGCGUCGUCGUCCGACCUCUCCUACUGCAUCAUCGGCUUCCCCCGCCGCAACAGCAGGAGCAGCAGCGGUGCGCGAGACGAGCAUCAGGUCAGGAGAUGCAACAGCGCUGGCUCGUCGGAGAGGAGCUCGUGUAGGAAGGCGACGAGGCCUCAUCCGUUCAAUCUUAGGACCGAGCAAAGGGGAAGGGUGAAGGAAGGCAACUUUGUUCAGAUGAUGAGGGAGAUGCUGCUGGAGGAGGAGAGGCUGCGCAACCCGCUCGCGCAAGCUCUCCCAUGGACCACCGAAGAACCGGAGAAUCUGGCGAAACCGCCGACGAAAGAGCCCACUGAACCGUUCGAUGUCGUGCUUCAUAGCGCAGUUCGUGCUGUCGGUCGCUCCAAGUUUGAUCAUCAGAUCGCGGAGCGCAACAUCUUCCUGGAGAGGCUGGAGCUGGAGAAGGAGAGGCAGCAGAAGCUGGAUGAAGAGAUUGAGAUCAAACUGCUGAGGAAAGAGCAGGUGCCGAGGGCGCACCCAAUGCCGGAUUUCUCGAGGCCAUUCAUGCCCAAAAGGUCAGUGAAGCCCCAGACAGUUCCCAGGGAGCCAAGGUUCCACACCAGGCCGACGAGGCACAGCCCCAAGACUCGGUCAUAGCUUCUUCUUGUUUUGCUCGGUCGGCCGUUACAAACAAGACUUGGUCACAGGACAAGUGUAGUAGCAAUCGUCGCCGCCAUUGGGCAGAUCGCUGCUUGGCUAAUGGCUUUCUGACAAGAAGGAUAAGACACACACACAUAACGCAGGCCAAUCUUUUGUAGCAUCAAACAUGUCUCUGUUUGAGGGGCUAGCUGGGCACUGAUGUCAGCUGUUAAACUCUGUAUCUAAACAUGAGCGAUUUGUGGCUCUAAUGACUGUAUUGCCAUCCAUUUUAAUUGGUGGAUAGAUAACUUGUCUUGCUUGUCGCCAGUUGGCAUGUCUAGGAUUUGGA